AUGAUGAAAGCAGCUAGAGAGCGAUUGGGACUCUCUCUUUCGGUGUCUACAGCGGACCAAACACAGGGCGCCAAAGUCCAGCACCAGUGUAAGAUUCAGGCCACGUCUGAGGGAGAAGUCGCUCGCCGAUACAAGCUUGGUGGAAUGGUCAUGGAAUCCACAAACCGAGGGAUGGAAGUUCUUUGGGCCACGAGGCUAGCCGAUGGGAAGGAGUGCGUGGUGAAGACGAGACAGAAGGGGACAUCUUUCAAGAGUGCCACAGAAGAAAGGAAUUGGCGAAGCACCACGGAGGUUCAGAUGAGCAUGCCGAGAAUUGACAAGCUGUGUCAGAUCUACGAGGUGCUGGAAACACCAGAAAGAUAUUGUGUUUUCAUGGAAAAAGUUGAAGGAAAGGAUCUCUUUGAACAAAUGGAGGAGGCCGAGCUGAGCCAUAUUGAUGCACGAGAAGUGGUGAGACAAACAUUGGAAGCUCUAAAGGUGAUGCAUGCGAGUGGACGCAUUCACAAAGACCUCAAGGCGGAAAAUGUCAUGGUGGAUCUGCCAAGCCCGGGGUCAGAGAAGGCAAAAGCCAACCAACUGCAUCGCUUGCAAGAUGGUGGUGAUGCCCAAAGCCCCGCGAGCGUGAAACUCAUUGAUUUCGAUACCGUGGAGAACUGGGAACCGCACAGCCCCAAAGCCAAAGAUGUUCUUGGCACAGAUGGCUACAUCGCCCCAGAAGCCUACUUGGGAUCCUACUCACCGGCUUCGGACAUUUAUUCGCUGGGAGUGGUGAUGUAUAAAUUGAUCACAGGCAAGUUUCCGAGCCGCGAAGACAUGUUCGAUGACCAGCCCGGCGAGAACUGGGUCGGAAGUCCUGCAAUGAAGAGGAUUCAUGAACGAUUGAAGAAGGCAAAGAUUGACUUUGCGAGAUCACCCUUUGAUCGUUGCCCGGAAGCUGCGGAUCUUUGCGCACGGAUGUUGGCUUUCGAGUCUAUAGACCGACCGUCGGCAGAAGCUGCCCUCAAGCACGCCUACUUCAUGUUGGAGGGCGCGAAGCUGCCAAGACGAAGAUAA